GACUGUAAAUUGAGCAGACAGCAAUUGACUUUUGGUGACAGGUUUUAAAGAUUAGUUAAACCUCUUUAUAUUAUAGAUAAUUCACUGUAUAACAAUAUUAAAUAGUUACGUCCCAGAUGAUGACCCAGGUGAUAUGGGUAGACAGCAAAGAUAUGCAUUAGAUAAAGUUAUUUUGUUAACAUAAUCAGUGUAAUAUCUGGUAUCACUCCUGACAAACUGGAUUGUAAUAAGAUUUUAAAAAUGACUUGAACAGAUUGAGCAACAAGUAUGUCUUUAAUUCGUUAUUUAAAAGUUCCCUUACACAAACGCUGUACAAGUGAUGCCUUCUACAGAGCUUUCCACAGAAGUUGUACAACUGCCAACAAUAAUGAGGCAUCAAAAACAUUGAAGACAAUUGUUGAUUUGCCAAAGCAUGCUCGUGUAGUGAUAUGCGGUGGGGGUGUAACUGGGUCAUCUAUAGCUUACCAUCUAGCAGAGAGAGGAUGGAAUGAUGUUGUGUUGUUGGAGCAGGGGAAAUAUACAUGUGGAACAACAUGGCAUUCUGUUGGUUUGAUUGGUCAAUUGAGAGAUGAUGUCCCUUCAGCAAGAUUAGUCAAAUAUAGUGCUGAACUGUACAGAUCAUUAGAAAAGGCAGGACAUGGCAUUGGUUGGAAGCAGUGUGGUAGUAUUAACAUUGCUCAGACUAAAGAUAGAGUCAACUUGUUACAGAGAAAGCAUGCUGUAGCUGUUGCUACUGGUAUUGAAGCCCACUUUAUUGGACCAAAAGAAAUAGAGAGAUUAGCACCUGUUCUUAAAACAGAUGAUAUUGAGGCAGCCUUAUAUGUUCCAUCAGACGGAGUAGUAGCUCCUUCAGACUUAGCAUCAACGUAUGUCAGACUAGCCAAAGACAGAGGAGUGAAAAUGUUUGAAGGAGUACAGGUUGAAAAGAUCCUAACUCACAAUGGCAAUGUACAUGCUGUACAGACAAGUCUUGGAACUAUUAACUGUGAAUACUUUGUUAACUGUGGAGGUCUGUGGAGUAGACAGAUAGGAAAGAAGUCACAACCUAGAGUACAAGUACCAUUACAUGCAACAGAACAUUUCUACAUUGUUACAAAAGAUGUGCCAGGAGUGGAUCCUAACUUACCAGUGAUUAGAGAUUAUGAUGGACUAAUCUACUAUCGAGAGUGGAGUGGGGGUGUAAUGGCAGGAGGUUUUGAACCUGUAGCUAAACCAGUUUUCCAUACAAGUAUUCCAGACAAGUUUGAGUUUCAGUUACUACCAGAAGAUUGGGACCACUUUCAAAUAUUACUUGAUGCUAUUUUGAAUCGUAUGCCUGCAGUAGAAACAGCUGAAGUACGUCAGUUUGUCAACGGACCAGAAAGUUUUACUCCUGAUGGUAGCUGGAUUCUUGGGGAAUCUGCUGAGAUUGGUAAAUACUUUGUAGCUGCAGGAAUGUCCUCAACUGGUGUUGUAGCAUCUGGUGGUGUGGGAAAACAAAUUGCUGGGUGGAUAAUUGAUGGAGAGCCAAGCAUUAAUUUAGAAGCUCAUGACAUUCUACGAUUUGUACCAUUUCAUAACAACAGGCGGUUUCUCAGGGAGAGAGUUAAAGAAUCAUUAGGAAUGUACAGGAUGAAAUAUCCAGGACAGCAAUGGAAAACGGGACGUAACUUACGUACAUCACCACUAUAUACUCGACUUAAGGCUGAGGGUGCAUGCUUUGGUGAAACUAAUGCAUAUGAAAGACCCAUGUAUUUCUCUGAUAUAGCUGAUAGUGAAGAACAAUGGGGCAUACAGAAGGGUACAUUUGGUAAACCUAUCUGGCAUGAGCAUGUAAAGAAUGAGUACUGGUCAUGUAAAGAAAGGGUCAGCUUGAUUGAUAUGUCAUCCUUCUCAAAGUUUGAAAUAAUGUCUCAGGGAUCAGAAGCUUUAGAUUUACUGCAGUAUUUAAGUUCAAAUGACAUAAACCAACCAAUCGGAACAGUCAUACAUACAGGAAUGCAGAACAGUCGUGGAGGAUACGAAAAUGACUGUUCUAUUGUACCGCUGACAGAUAACAGGUUCUUCAUGAUUGCACCUACCUCACAGCAGACCAGAUCAUUUUCCUGGCUAAGGAAACAUUGUCCACUAGAUGGAUCUGUAAUGAUCUCUGACCUUACAUCAGCAUUCUCAGGGUUAAAUGUUGUUGGUCCUCAUGCUCAACAGCUGUUGGCAGAUGUCACAGAUACUUCAAUGACUCUAACAGACUUUAAACCAAUGACUUGUCAGGUUAUAGAUGUUGGAUAUGCUGGCGGUAUAAUAGCUAUGAGGUUAACACAUGCUGGGGAAGACGGCUUUGUACUGUAUGUCCCAUCAGAGUAUUCGUUACACGUAUAUGACACACUAAUGAAGGCAGGAAAAGAUUAUGGAAUAAGAAAUGCUGGAUAUUAUGCAAUGAGGAAGUUAAGGAUUGAAAAAUUCUUUGCUUUCUGGGGACAAGAUCUUACUACAGAUGAUACGCCUUAUGAAUGUGGCCGAGAUUUCAGAGUUAAGUUAGAUAAAGGUGAUUUCAUAGGGAGAGAUGCCUUGUUAAAACAGAAAGAAAAUGGAAUUAGUCAGAAGUUUGUUCAGUUCUUGUUAAAAGACUUUGAUACAGAAAAGGAUGUGUGGCCAUGGGGUGGUGAACCAAUCUAUCGUAACGGCAAGUUUGCUGGUACUGUUACCUCCAGUGCAUAUGGCCCAACAUUAGACAAGAUGAUAUGUCUUGGCUUUGUGAGAGACUAUGAUGAAAAUGAUAACAGAAUAGUUCAUAAAAAUAUUAACAGAUUUAUAAUGGACAAAGAUGCCACCUAUGAAGUGGUUGUAGGAGGACAAAGAUUUCAAGCUGAAGCCAGACUUUAUACUACAAAGGAGGCGUAUACUACAUCUGAUCCUGUGUUUAUUCCUGUUCCUAAGUAGGACAUAGCCAAAGUAAACUGUCCAAUCAAUUAUUCUAUCUUGGUCCAAAGAGAUGAUGAAGACAUAAAAAACUUAUCACUUGAAAGUGAAUUUUUAACAUUGUAAUCAGUAGGAGGUGUUUAUUUUGAUAGUGAGACAUAUGUAGGGCUGUAUCCAGUAUAAAUAUACAGAUUUAUUUAACAUAAUUUAAAGCACCAUUAGCUAUGAUUUCCACAGUACCAAUUGAAAAAAUAAAAGUAUGUUUCUGUUUCUGUCAAAAUAAGCUCAAACAACUCGCUCUUAUAUCAUUGUCGUGCAAGACAAUAAUUCAACAUUUUUAGGAUCCAUAUGCAUGCAACCUUAAAUGAUCUCACGAUCGAUUGUUCACGUGCUCAGAAAUUCAGUUAUUGAUAAGGAUGUUUAGCUGAAAAAUGAAAGUAAGGAACCAAUUUUGUUUUAAAUGAUUCAGGGUGUAAAAACAUCAUUCUUAUAGGGUGUACAGGUAAAAUGAUGAUAUUCAUUCAUUUUUUUUAAUUUAUGAUAUGAAUACUGCUAUAAGGCAUUGCAACAUUAAAGUUCCAUUUACUAAGACAGUUAUUUGUAUAAGAGUUUUAUAUUUUCUAUGUUCUUAUUUGUACUACUAUUUCGUGAAUGUUGUAUGUCUGUUACUGUUACUCAGAUAAGAGAGAUUAAAAAAAAAACUUAAAAAAAAAUUUUAAGUAGCGUUUUUAAAAUGCAGAUAUAUGCUGUUCUAUGUAUAAGCUUUCUUGUAGAUACAGUGAUCUCCAUCAAUAGGAAGAUUGUUGAAAGAAUACAAUAUUCUGUUUCAUAGGAAAUUCAGACUAACUUGAGGUUAAAUGAUAGUCACUGAAAGUGUUCCACAAACUUUGUUAUCAUUAAAGAACAAGACCAUUAUUUUUGCAGUACCAGCUCUUAGAAAUUAAGCCCUCAUGUACAAAAAUUACAUAGGUGGAAAUCAAUUAAACUGUAACAAAGCCUUAAAAAAUUCAAAUAAGAAUGUUAAAUUCAUUCUCUGGCCUUAAUACACUGUAGUAGACAUCAUGGAGAUUCUAAAAGUAUUGUACUCAAGUUCUCUUAACUUAAACUACAUCAUGAAGGUUCUAAAAGUAUUGUACUCAAGUUCUCUUAACUUAAACUACAUCAUGAAGGUUCUAAAAGUAUUGUACUCAAGUUCUCUGACUUAAACUACAUCAUGAAGGUUCUAAAAGUAUUGUACUCAAGUUCUCUGACUUAAACUAAUACUAUGUAGCCAAAAUGAGAUUUUUUUAUAUCCUUUUUUGGACAUAUUUGGGGCUAAAUAUAGACAUUACUACUCCUCUUUUAAAAGCAAUUUAAGCAGCAGAAUCAAUGUGAUUUUAAAACAUAAUUUACUUAUGUAAACAACAAUCUUGAUUGUGCAAAUUGAAAUUAAAAAAAAAUAUAGCUUAAUAUCAGCAAAAUAAGACCAAACCAAAAUAUUUUUUGAAUUUUAUUCAAAUUGAUCAGCAUUCUUUGUUAUUUAUUGUUGAAUUUCAGUGAAACAUAAAUGGUAAUGAAUUAAUCAUAGACUAAAUCAGAUAAAUGUUUUGAUAAUUCUGAAUAAAUCAGAUUAAUGUUCUGAUUAAUCGGACCUAAUCAUAUAAAUGUACUGAUUACUCUGAAUAAAGCAAAUAAUUGUUCUGAUUAAUCAUAGAACAAAUCAGAUAAACAUUCUGAUUAAUCAUAGAACAAAUCAGAUAAACAUUCUGAAUAAUCAUAGAACAAAUCAGAUAAAUGUUCUGAUAUAAUUUGUGCACUGUAGAAAUGUUUAUCAUGUGAUUUUAAAAGAAUGAUGUGUUGUUUAAAAUGAAUGUUUACUCCAGUUUGUAUUGUUUGUUAUAAUGAAUAUAAAUAUAAAGAAAAAAUAAAACAUUUUUUUGCUUU